CCUUAGUCGGGGCGGUGGGGUUCGGCGGCCACCCACGGCCACGGCCCAGUGAGGUGGGGAGGGGGGAUUCGGCGCAGAGGAAAGGAAAGGCCGCGCUGCGGGGAGAGGAUGCGAGGGGUGGGGGUUUCUCGGCAACUCCUCUGACAUCUGGGAAGGCUUACCAUGACCUCAGUCAAGAGCGGAGAAGAGAUUUAGGGCAGACUUCAGGAAGAACUUAACUGCAGAGAGCAUCAAAUCCCAGAAGGGGCUCCUUGGGGCGAUUUUUCCCGGCUGGAACAGACCAAGGAUGCCUUGAGGGUGUCGAGCUUCGCCGACUGAGGGCGGGGCUGCCCUGAUCUCCCGACCCGUUCCAACCUUGGGACACAGGCGGAGAUGCGAUCGCUGCGGGAUCUCCCACCUCCCCAUGGAUGCGGCCGGGCCUGGGGGAGCUGCGGGGGGAAGGAAGGAAGGAGAGGGGGCGGGGCCGUUGCUAGGGGAGGGGCGGCUGGGCGGGCGCCGAGCGCAGUCGGUGCCUAGAGGCGCGCUGGGCUCUGCGGCUCCAGCUCGCGCGAAGCCUGUUGCUCGACUCUCCGGGCCGCCGCUUCCCGCCAGGUGCCCCGGGGCCGGCGGCCGGAGGGGGUGAGGCGCGCCGGCAGCCCCCCGCCCUCUCCCUCUCCCCGCGCACAGGUGGACCCGGGCUUCUCCCAGAGCGCCGACGCCGGAGAGCCUUCCCGUGCGCCCCGGACCGCGCGCCGAGACCCCCCCGGGCGCCGAGCGGCGAUGAACGCGACCUUCCUGAACCACAGCGGCCUGGAGACAGCGGGUGGCUUGGGCGGCGGCGGCGGCGGGGCUGCGCUGGGGAACCGCAGCCACGGGCUGGGCACGUGGCUGGGCUGCUGCCCCGGGGGCGCGCCGCUGUCCGCCAGCGACGGGGUCCCCGCGGGGCUGGCGCCGGACGAGCGCAGCCUGUGGGUGUCGCGCGUGGCGCAGAUCGCCGUGCUCUGCGUGCUGUCGCUCACAGUGGUCUUCGGCGUCUUCUUCCUGGGCUGCAACCUGCUCAUCAAGUCCGAAAGCAUGAUUAACUUUCUGAUGCAGGAGCGCCGGCCUUCCAAGGACGUGGGCGCUGCCAUCCUGGGGCUGUACUGAGCGCCGCCUCUGCCCGCCCUCGUCAGCGCGGCUGGAAGAAGACCGAGGAGAGCCCAGGACCCUAGAUCCGCCUUCCCGAGCUCUGCCGCCGCCUCCGGGAGGGCAGCUCGAGGGCCUCCCCCCACCCGCAAAGCGCCACGGGGCGCCCGCCCCCAGGACACUGCAGGACUCCAGGCGGCGGCGCGGGAAGGAACUUCCACACCAGACUGCGUUUGGUCCAGCCUUGGUGGGCGGGAUGGGGGUUCUUAAACUGGUUUUUGGUUUUUGUUUUUAAAGUUCUGGGCAGGGUGGUGGGAGAGGCUGUAGGAAGCAUCUUGGGGCUGAGGUCACUCGCGUGGGAAUUUUGUGUGUUUGUAGGUGGGGUGGAGUGGGGACCAGUUCCGAGCAGCAUGGCGAGGUGGGGGGGAGUGCAGUUGUGGAUGAAUCUGAGUCACUGAGCUUGUUGGGCUUGUUGGCCUGAUUUCGCAUUUGAGAAGAGAUCUUUUAAUAAAGCCACAGCCGUCGGGGG